CCUUCUAGGUUAUCUUUCAGUCCCGUCUGUGCCUUCUAACAGUUCGGACAUCGCAAUGCCUCUCACUGUAGAAUACUGCCUAGAAUUGGUCAUCGGGUAUUCCCUGACGGUCGUACACGGACUCUGGUUCAUCUUCAAGUUGGUUCAGAGGUUCCUGAAGAACCCCCGGGAUCGUUUCUGGGCCGUUAUCCCUCGGGAACUCCCGCCCGAGUGUUUGAACGAUCCGACUCUCGGGAAUCAUCGUUAUGUGCAGUUGAAGAACAUCAAGCUGCACUACGUGGAGGCCGGUGAUAAGUCUAAGCCUCUGAUGGUGUUCGUACACGGAUUUCCCGAGUUUUGGUACUCAUGGAGACAUCAGAUCAAGGAGUUUUCUACAGAUUACUGGGUGGUUGCUGUAGACAUGAGAGGUUAUGGUGAAUCUGAGAAACCAGUUGGGCAGAAAAACUACAAACUGGAACUUCUUGAUGCAGACAUCAAAAACUUGAUCAAAGCUUUAGGUAGGAAAAGUUGUACGUUGGUCGCUCAUGAUUGGGGAGGCUGUGUCGCCUGGAGUUUGGUCUUGACGGAACCUAAAAUGUUUGACGCUUACAUCAUCAUGAACUCCAUCCAUCCAGAGGCCUUCCAUCAAUAUCUGAAGAAAAGCGUUUCCCAGCUUAGGAAGAGUUGGUACAUUUUCUUCUUCCAACUGCCUUGGUUGCCGGAACUGUCGUGUAGCAUGGACGAUCUCAAGACUAUUGAGCUCAGUUUACGAGAAGAAUCCAUCAAAUUUCCUUCCCCGAUAACCGAUGAGGACAUUGAGGCGUACAAGUUUUACUUCGGUAAACCAGGUGGAUUCACAGCCCCUAUCAACUAUUACAGAGCCAACUUCCUCUUGACUUCUCGGGAUCGCCUCUCCGGACUCGGGAAGUCUCCGGAUUUCCCUCCGGGACUGAUCCUGUUUGGUGAUCGAGAUCUUUACAUCGACAAGGAGAUCCAAGAAGAUACUAUCGGACUUGUAGCAAACAGCACACUUGUAUAUGUCAAAGACGCAAACCACUUCGUCCAACAAGACGAUCCAGUCACUGUUAACCAUGAGAUGAGGUUCUUUCUGAAGAAAGUGCAAAAUCAGAGCAAAUCUUAGCUUUAAGUAUGAGUUUGUGUCCCCUUCUUGUAAGACAUUAUUUUUGAGUUUCAGCAUUAUUACUUAAAUAAGUGUUGAAUAUUGUUAGAGUUGUAUUUUUUUCAAGUUCAAAAAUGUAAAAUAUAGUUUUGUAAAAAUGAAAAUAUUUAUGUAAGUUUAAAGUAUUUCGCCAAUUAUAUAUUUGUAUGCUUUGUGAUAGU